AUGCCUUUACCCAAACACCCGCCCUCACCCAGACAGGCUGCCCUCACCCAGAAACAUGCUGCCCUCACCCAGACACGCUGCCCUCACCAGACGCCCUGCCCUCACCCAGACAUGCUGCCCUCACCCAGGCACACCAGGCACAUGUCCUGCCACAGCGCCUUCCCCGGGCACCACAUGUGUGACUGUGUUCAUGGAUUUGUGUGGCUGAACCCAUCGGCCUUUUCUCUCCUGGCUCCUGAGCCCCGUUUCCUGGUCACAUCCCCGUGUCCCCUGGUGAUCCUCACAGCCCUGGGUCCAGGAGCCUCAGCUGCCCCACCACCCGGGAGAACGGGGCCUGUUGCUCACCUGAGCCCACCAUGA